GUUUACUUUCUUAUCAUAUCACAAUUUAGAGUUAAAAAGGUAUAUUUUAAAAAAGAACUUUCUUUUACAAAGUGGAAUACGAAGGUUUUAAAAAGAAAAAUGGAGAAGAGAUGUCACGUGUAUUUUAUUGUUUUUGUUCUCUGCACGAUUUCAAUAGCGAGUAGCGAACACUCUGAUGGCUCCAUAUACAAAUAUGCGCUACAGUCGGAAGAAAUUGUUAAGAAUUUGAAUUAUGGCAUAAAAAUUACAACUGUGACAGUUUGUUACGAUUAUGUCGGUUGUUUUGAAAGCAAUGGUACAUUUUCACACAUAUGGUCCGUACCAGCUAAUCCAGAAGAGAUACAAACAGAAUUUCUACUUUAUACACGCGAAAAUCCUAAAACACCAGAUUACAUUGAUUAUAAAGAUAUCCAUACUUUAUACGAAAGUCAUUUAAAACAGGAAAAACCAAUUAAAGUAAUUUGCCACGGUUUCGGAGGUUCAUCGAGCUUAAAUUGGGUUCAGUCUAUGAAGAAUGCCUUCUUAAAAAAGGGAGAUGUUCAAGUUAUUGUUAUUGAUUGGAGCAAAGGUGCUGCAGGACCUAAUUAUUUAUCCGCCGUUCCCAACAGCGAAUUGGUCGGUAGACAAAUCGCUGUACUUUUGAACCAAAUCCAAUUAUAUUUUAAAGUAAAUUGGAACCAGAUGCACGCGAUUGGUUUUAGUAUGGGAGCUCAAGUAGUAGGAUUUUUAGGAAAAAGUGUACAAAAGAUGUUUUCUGGAAAGAUUGCGAGAAUCACAGCUCUAGAUCCAGCUGCUCCACUUUACGAAGGUUAUGGCCCCGAAGUACACGUAGAUAAAAGCGACGCCGAAUUUGUUGAUGCUAUCCAUACAAAUGCUAACGAUCGUUUAUACGCUGGACUUGGGAUGAAAACGCCAGUCGGACACGUGGACUUUUAUCCUAAUGGCGGGAAAGUUCAACCCGGUUGUAGACACAACAACAUUGUUGGUUUCUUGAAGGACAUUUUUACCGGGGAGAAAGAAAGUGAAUGUCAUCACAAACGAGCUGUUUAUUUAUUCAUUGAAUCUAUUCUUAAUGACGACUGCGUUUUUAUAUCGUUUCCGUGUGAAAGUUACGAUCAUUACGUUGAAGAAAAAUGUUUCUUAUGUCCUAAUGGAACUUGUGGAAGAUUGGGAUACAACGUAGAGGGUAAUGGAGUAUAUUACACGCCAACCAAUGAAGAUCAUCCGUUCUGUACUUUUCCUAUUUUGAUAGCUGUACAAUUUUCCUCAGAGCAAGAAGCGACGUUAGGACAAAUUGAAAUAACUUUAACAACAAAGAGUGGAUAUAAUGAAACUUACCAAUUAACAGAUAAAAGAGGAAUUUUAAUUCCCGGAAAUGCCGUUGCUAAGAGAGUAAAUUCGUCUCCAAAAAUGGAAGACAUAUUAAAAGUAAUUGUUACCUAUAAAACAUUUAGUGGAUAUUUUAGAAAGGGCCACGAAAAUUGGAUAAUCGAUAAUAUCAUCAUUACUAAACCAAGUAAAACUUUGUUUACCGCGUGCCAUCUAAAUCUUUAUUUAGAUAAUGUGACGACGGGAACCGUUUUUCCGAAUAAAUGCUGAUUAAAAUUA